AUGUUUCUGAACACAUUCACAGUUUCCGCUCUACAUGCAGCGGUGGCGUUUCUGUUCGCCGUGAACCAGCAUAGUGCACGAGCAGGAAAAGACACCCACACGUACAAGACUGGAGAGGAUGUUGUCGUAUGGACAGACAAAGUGGGUCCGUACAACAACCCACAGGAGACAUACGAGUACAGCAUCCUGGGCCUUUGCGAAUUGGAAGGCGAAGAUAUAGCAGUGCAACAGGGAGAGCUGUCAAUCGGUGAAACGCUGGAGGGCCAUGCGUUUUUCUCUUCCCCACGGUUGGACAUUCACUUUGGACAGAACAAAGCUCAUACCCAGCUUUGCAGCAUGAUUUUGACUGAAGAGAAGGCGAAGGCUCUUGCCGGCAUGAUCAACGACAACUAUUGGUAUCAACUCUACAUCGAUGAUUUGCCAAUCUGGGCAUUUGUUGGAGAGCACUCCAAGUUUGCCCUCGAUGUCAGUCGGUUCUCCAUGAUGUACCGGGACAACAACAGGUCGUUGCAGAUUCCUUCUUCUGGAUCUGCCCCACCAGUUCCCAAACACUUGAAGGGGAAGCCGCUUCCCCGCAUCUACACUCACCGUCAUUUCACACUCUUCUACAACAACGACCAAAUCAUUGAGGUGGACAUGGAGCCGUCCUCACCAUGGCCAAUCUAUGGUGGUGCACCACUGAACCUCUCAUACACCGUCCAGUGGUUUGCAACCAACAACGAGUUCAAGGACAGAACCAAUCGAUAUCUUGAUCCGAAGUUUUUCGAGCACAAGGUGCAUUGGUUCUCCAUUGUGAACUCCUUCAUGCUAUGUCUAUUUUUGUGUGCGGUUGUCGCAAUUAUUUUGAUGAAGACGCUGAAGCGUGACUUCACUCGGUACUCUGCCAGUGAAGCUGAAGAGCUUGAAAAUCUAGAUGGAGUUGGCGAUGAGAGCGGUUGGAAACAGGUCAACGGAGAUGUGUUUCGCAAGCCAGAUCAUUUAGCGAUUUUCACCGUAGUAUACGCUUCUGGAUGCCAUCUAGCUUGCACCGUCUUCAUUGUGUUGAUCUUCGCCAUAUGCAAUUCGUAUUAUGCCUCACGAGGAGCCACUGCAGGAUCCUUCGUCAUAGCGUACCUUUGUACAGUUAUAGUUGGCGGGUAUGAGGGUGGAAGAAUAUUCCGCAUGUUUGGAGGCCAGCACUGGAAAAGGACGAUGGUCUACCAAUGCUUGUUCAUGCCCGGCAUUGCUUUCAUUAGUUUCGUCGUCAUCAACACGACGGCCAUCUUUUACAGAGCCACAAUGACAGUGCCUUUCAAGACAAUAUUCAUCAUUCUUGUGCUCUUCCUGGCCGUCUGCGUGCCGCUGCAUACUGUUGGGACUCUGCUUGGAAGGCGAGCAGCUGCGGAGCGCUCGUUCCCUUGCCGAGUACAUCACUUGAAGAGGCCGAUUCCAACAAAGCAUUGGGCUUUCACGCCCAUCAUGACGAUGGUUGCAGGGAUUGUGCCCUUUGGCUGCCUCUUCAUCGAGAUGUAUUUCAUUCUGUCUGCAGUGUGGAGCCACAACAAGAUCUACUAUGUCUAUGGCUUCAUGUUUGCGAUCUUGGUCUUGCUGUGCCUGGUUAUUGUUUGCGUCAGCAUCACUUGCACCUACAUCCUCUUGAACGCGGAGGACUAUAGGUGGCAGUGGCAAUCAUACAUCAGCUGUGCAGCCACCGCUUUGUACGUCUUCUUGUACACCAUCCAUUACUUCUACAAUUCCACCCAGAUGUCUGGCUUCCUGCAGACAGUGUACUACUUUGGCACGUCGCUGAAUUUCUGCAUUGGCCUUGCAUUGUUUUGCGGAUCACUGGGUUUCAUUGGCGCCUCCAAGUUUGUAUUUCUCAUAUACAGCAACAUCAAAGCCGAAUGA